GAGGCAUCGACAGGAGGGGAGGCAUCGACCAAUCGACUGGAGCACCGCGCUCCGCCUCGGGGCGGCUGGACGUUCGCCGACGUUCUCCUUCCCGGGCAGCAUUGAUGUCGUCCGGGCAGCGGCCGCCAUUGCUCCGCCGCUGCACACGGCACAGCCACGACAUCUGGUGCGACGCGUCUCUGCAGGACUCCUUCUCUGUCCGCCACGACCUCUGGAGCGGCGACAUAUCUCUGCAUCGGCAGGACUCGUUCUCUGUCCGCUCGGCUCACGAGCACCUCUUUUCAGUGCGCUCCUUCCGCUUUGACGACUCACGCAUUCCGCACGCCACCCUGUCGGCUGACGCGGCGGCGGCGCUGAAGCGCGCCCGCGCCGCCUGCCCAAUCUGCCUGGAGGGCUAUGAGGUCGGCCAGAGCGUCGGGUGUAUGCCCUGUGGUGGGCUGCACAAAGCGCAUCGGGAGUGCCUCACGCGCUGGCUCGCUCGUUGCCCAUCGUGCCCCACCUGCCGUUGGGAUCUGCGCGAUGCGGUGGCCACCUACUGCUCCAUCGACAGUGGGUCAGGAUCGGGCCGCAGCGUAGAGGAGCUCCUCUGUCGCGGUGAGGCCGAGCUACGGAUGCUUUCGCACAGAGGGAGGACGCCUCCCUCGCCCUCCACCACCCCGUCCACCCUCUCGCGGCGCAGCAGCGCGGAAGACAACUCAAACAGAACCCUCGCGCAGAAACGCUCCUUCGAUCGGGUUCGCGGCGCGUGUCCACCGCCGCUCCGCCGAGCCACCUAGGUUGAGCUCAAAUGCCUUGAGACAGACUAAUCUCUAAUGGUCGAGCACCGUACACCUCGACCGUACACCCUGGCUCUCGAUGCCCUGCUCUCUCUGCUGUCAGUGUGCGCAGAGCGUGUGGCGCAAGUGUUAAAUAAAUAAAAACGGACACCUCUCUACUGUGAGAUGGGUAAAAAGG